AGUGGCCAUUUCAGUUGUCGUAAGUUGAAGUCACUGGGUCCUUUUUUUGGAGCGUUUUGCAUCACGUCGGCAUUGCGUGACGAGUCCGCCGUGAUCUGAGUCUGAGGCUCUGACAGCGUCAGCAGAUACGGCGAUGUUGCGCACUCUGGGGCGGCAGCGGCGCGGCUGGUGCGUGGCCACCGAGCGCCGCAGCGUCUUUUCCUCGCGGCUCGCUAGCAGUGGCGCGGGUUCUAGUAGCUACUCGCCUUUGGAGGUAGAAAUCGGCGGCGUGAAGGCUCCCGUUGGGAGUCCAACAUCGGUGGAAUUGGUGCCACGCGGGUAUGUGACGGAGCUACAGCAAAGACGACCGAUGUCGCAGGAGUUGCUGAGCCACUUACGAUGGAUGCUGCAAAAAGAUCUUCUGAAGCAAGACAUGUUCCUGAUCGGGUACUUGGCUUUGACAUGGGGGAGUUUCUUCUUUCUUUUUGGCAAUAUUAAGUAUCUUUUUAUCUAAUCAAUGAAGCCCUCCUGGAUCGUCCCGUCGACUCUUGAGUAUGCAAUUCUGCGAGCUGUUAAAAAAGGAGGUGGAAUACGUCGCUAUUUCCCAGGACACGACGGAGUCCGACUUGAAACAGCGUCGAGAGAUCGUGGAUGGUGCAGCAAUUUUCACCGACCAGGCCCCAGUGCGAGCUGCUAUCAAUGGUCGAGUACUUGUAAUUGAUGGACUGGAAAAAGCAGAGAGAAACGUUUUGCCGACGUUGAACAACCUGCUUGAAAAUCGAGAAAUGAUGUUGGACGAUGGACGAUUCCUCAUGAAGGCCGAAAGCUACGACGCGUUAAUAGAUCAAGGAUACUCUAUAGACGCGUUGAAGGCACAAAAUUUGGUUCGAGUUCAUCCAGAUUUUCGAGUCAUCGCGUUGGGUCUCCCCGUCCCUCCAUAUCCUGGCCGAACGCUGGACCCACCGCUGCGGUCCCGAUUCCAGGCACGUAGUGUGAAACCAAGCUCACCGGGCUCACAACUCGAGGAAUUAAUUACGAUUGCUCCGUCCGUACCACUCCCUAUUCUUGAGAAACUUGUGGGUAUUCGAGAAGCUGUCAACACGAUCGAAUCCACCUACGACGUCGGUACGAGCACUGGACCGCGCAUGCCACACUUCGACUUCUUGUCGCUCUCGCAUUGUGCGAAGGUUCUGGAGAGAUUUCCAGAUGCAAGUGUAGCUGGCAUACUUCAGCGGUCUUUUCCAGUACGAACCAAUGUUCUUGGAGCCAAGAACGAUUCCAACUCGAAGGCACUUGAUCGCAUUGUGGAAAAGUUCACGGAUCGACAGCAAAAUACAAAGCCUACACUGGAAAGUGUUGUCAAAGCUUCAGUUAAGGACGUCAAGGCUACGGUGACCCUCCGUACGUCUAGUGAUCGGCUUGUGCUCAACGACGUUCCGUGUGGAACCACGCGUGUUGAGAUGAAUGUGAUGCCAGGCUUCGUGGAGACGGAUAUUCAUUCUACAAUGUUAGCUGAAAUGAUCCAAGAUCACGCUGUCGGUAGCGAUUUGUGUGUUCUCGGAGUCAAAGGUAGCGGAAAAUCGGCAAUGGCGAGACUAUUUGCUCACCGUAUGGGGUAUGCUACGGAGCUUUUCAGUUUGUUUAAGGACAUGACUGCACGAGAUCUACUUCAACGGCGCUCGACAGACUCACGUGGUAAUACGCAAUGGGAAGACAGCCCACUGAUUCAUGCUGCACGCAAUGGCCACCUCGCCGUGCUAGACGGCGUGCAUCGCCUUGGAAGUGAUAGUCUCGGUGUGCUUCAGAGGCUGAUUCAAGAUCGAGAAAUUGACUUGGCGGAUGGCUCUAAGCUCGUAUCUCAAGCAACAUACGAUGUGAUUAUGGCAGAAACCAACGCAAGCGGAGAACUUAGUGCACUGAGCAGAGUGUCGCCCAUCCACCCGUCUUUCCGCAUUAUUGCGAUCGCUGAGGCGGACCCAGCAACGCUGAAAGGAACAGUAGCCAUACCAGGCAAAGAGUCCACCGCUGCGUGGCUGAGCUCGGAUAGCAUUUCCAUGUUCAGCUUCCAUCAACUUCCGACCAUUUCGGCUGCACAAAAUGAAGAAAUCGUGCGGCGUUUGUUCCCUGAACUCCCUCAAGUAACAACAAGCACGCUUCUAAACUUUUCAGAAAAAUUGCAGCGUGCCAAGGAGAAUAGUGCUGACUAUCUCGCGCUGUCGCUGUCCACACGGCAGCUACUGCGCGUUUGCCGCCGUCUUAAUGCGUUCUCCGAGCAGUCACUACAGGAUUUACGGCCGUUGCUGCAUGAUACACUGCUCACGCAGUUCUUGUCGUCAGCGUGCAAUCGGCUUGUUGAUUCCUUGCUGGACGAGUGCAAAGUGCCGGUCUCUACCUUAGCAACUGACUCGCAAAAGCUGCAAACGGAAACUAUUCAUGAAGAAGGAGGUCUUCUACACAUUGGUGACGUGUCGUAUCCGAUACAAACACCUAGCAACUCGGAAUUGGUGCCUCAGCCCCACUAUUUUGACAUCCCCAACCACACUCUCUGCAUGAAGGAUAUGCUCCAAGAUGUCGUAGCUGGGCAAAAACAUUUGCUGCUGAUCGGAAAUCAAGGAGUGGGCAAAAACAAACUAGCGGAUCGCUUGUUGCAGUUAUUGCAACAGGAGCGAGAGUAUAUUCAGCUGCACCGUGAUACUACCGUGCAAACGCUGACUCUAGUACCGACACUUGUUGACGGGAAGAUCGAAUGGGAAGACUCGCCGCUAGUCCGGGCUGCUAAGACUGGUCGAACGCUAAUUGUCGACGAGGCCGACAAAGCGCCACUCGAGGUGGUGUGCGUCCUCAAAGGACUCAUCGAAGAUGGCGAAAUGCUAUUGGGAAAUGGCAAGCGUUUGAUCGACUCGACGAAGGUGGCAAUUGAAGAUUGGCAUGACGAAGAAAACAUCAUUAAACUACACCCAAACUUCCGCAUGUGGGUACUAGCGAAUCGCCCUGGGUUCCCCUUCUUGGGAAACAACUUCUUUCGCGAAAUUGGCGAUAUCUUUGCCAGCCAUGCAAUUGACAAUCCAGACGAAGAAUCGGAGCUGGCGUUGCUGAUAGCGUACGCACCAAGCGUUUCUAUUGACAUUUUACGUCGACUGUGUAGAGCGUUUGCGGAGCUGCGUGAGCUGGUGGAGAAUGGAACCAUCACGUACCCAUAUUCUACGCGAGAGGCUGUUGCCGUAGCGAAGCACCUAGAACAAUUUCCGAACGACGGAGUUGCGUCAGUACUGGAAAACGUGCUCGCAUUUGAUGCUUACGAUCGAAACAUGCGCACUCAACUGUCGGAGAUCUUUUUGAGGCACAGCAUUCCCCUGUCACCCACCGGUGAAGCUCUGACACUCGAGAUGAAUGUCGCUGAAACGCGAGCUCUUCCCAACUUCGUUCCUACCGAAUCGUGGCGCUGGAUACCCGAAGAAUCCGUGCAGUUCAGCGCAUCUACCACGAAAUCCCUGCAACAACUUCAUCACUCGACGCUGAAUCGACGACAGAUUUGGUUGGACCCGUCAACUACUCGAUCGUUCCCACUCCAGCAUCACCGUUUAUACGAGUUUACAGAGCAGUUGGCUUCGUUCCAGGUGCCUCUAAAAGGGAAUCGGAAGCAACAAGCACACGCAAUGGCUGUUUUUCCGGAUAACUCGGUUCACGUGCUAACGAUACGACCGAUGACCGUGCACUCUUUUACCGAUUUCGAGGGAAGUGAAAGGAAGCACAGCAUUUUGGAGCUUGAAAACGAGUAUAUGCAAUGGGAGGUAAACCCGGUAUUUGUGAACUUGCCUUACAAAAAAGAGGUAGCAGUGUUUAUCCCAUCUACAGGCCUCACGAUUUUCUUAAACCCUUUGGAAAGUUCGGACGGACGUGCUGAAUGCCUCACUCUUCCCGAUGGCGCUCUUGAUGGCCGACUGCACGUUGACUCUACUGAAGCACAUGGAAAGAAAAGAGCGAAACAGAUUCCGUUCUCCAAGUGGUUUGGCGGUGGAAAAGAUGGUGCGUGGCGCGCUCAAACCGACAAAGUGAAAGCUGGCUUGGUGCUUCGCUAUCUCCAAGGAGGGUCGCUAUUCCAAGUCCUUGAUCUGAACUCGAACAAAUUCUUCUCCGUCGACCUAGCCAAGGCAAGUUCUUCGCUGUCUGAACCGGUUACCGAGAUCCUCAGUGUGCAGUCUACAGGUGAACGCGAGUGGCUUCUGCGUACCACGAACGAAAACGUGGUGUACAAGUUGCAUCACGACGUGAACAAGAAGACUUUUGCUUUAAAUGUGGCAGCAGUUAGCAGCGCGAGUUCGUCACUCCUUGACUCCCGACGCUCAGUAACCCCUGGACGUCUCCACACUCAAGAUGUGCUGAACUGUGCUAACUUCAUGGUACAUCCACAGGCGUUUUUGCAGACCAUCGAUGGUGAUGAGAAUGACGUUAAGAUCCAAAGUUCCCUCCGCGAGGAUUCGGAGAACGCAGUACGGGAAGUCCAGCAAGCGUGGCAAAACGAGUCGUUCGUUGUGAAUUCAGUGCAGUCAGAAUCCGGUGACGUCGUUGACAUGGAAGUGACAUAUCCAGAAUCGCAGACAGUAAAAAACGUUGUCGUUGGCUCCACUUCGCAGCCGAAAACUAGUGACGACAGAUUCUUUUCGUUGUCUACCGAUAAUUCCGCUGUACCGCCUAUCGUCGAGGCUGUAAGUACACACAGUGGAAAACAUACACUAACGCUUCAAGAAGACGGCGCUGUGCGGGUGUGGCAACUGGAUCAAGCUUCACUUGACCGUGAGGCUGCGUUGUGGCGGCAAAUGUAUGGCAGCUUGAAUGAACUUACGAGUGCUGGAUCUCUUGAACUCAAAGUAGAUGGCUCGAGAGUUGGUGGGCCGUCGACUCCCAAGACGGGCUUGGACACUCCCAAGUACGGUAAAGACGACCCGAACAAUGAUCCACACGUUGGUGGCAAUACGUGGGCUGGUGGAACGGGAGGAUCCGACACGGCUGGCUUGGGAGGGCGAGGUGGUCCCUACCGACUCGAUAAGGGCCACCCAGUGCACCAAGUUUCGCAGGAAAAGAAGGACGAAGUGUCAGCUGAAGCACGAGCUAGAGCGCAUGCUAUGGCCCAAGAAGCUCUUGCUGAAAAACUCCGUGAGAUCGACAUGAGUGAGCGCGAGUGGGAAACUUAUCUGUCCUACUUUAAGCGCGUGGAACGAGAGAGUGCUCAACUACGUGCUGUCCUAGCAAAUUUGGAAGCUGUGGCUCAUGAAAGAAACUGGUUACGACACCAAUCAAGCGGAGAACUGGACGAUGGCAAGCUCGUAGACGGUGUUGCUGGUGAACGUUUGGUGUUUAAACGUCGGGGUGUACGUGACUCACCGUUCCAAGCUCCAGCAGGACAUCAACAAGAUCAAGAGCCUAAGCGAAUGUUGUUCGUGGUGGACGUGAGUGGCAGUAUGUAUCGGUUCAACGGCCAGGAUUCCCGCCUAGAACGUAUGCUGGAGACGUCUCUUAUGAUCAUGGAGAGCUUUGCGGGCUUUGAACGGGAGCUGGACUACUGCGUUAUGGGGCACAGCGGUGACUCGCCUGAAAUCCCGUUCGUGGAGUUUGGGGCGCCACCUAAAGACCGCAAGGAGCGACUUCGAGUGCUGGAGAAGAUGGUUGCGCAUACGCAGUACUGUCGUAGUGGAGACCACACCGUUGAGGCGGUGGAGCGUGGUGUGCAACGCCUAGCAGCGCUUGAAGGAGACGAUAGAUUCGUAUUUGUGGUGAGUGAUGCCAACCUCGAACGCUAUGGUAUUGAGCCCAGAUACCUCGGUCGCAAGUUGCUAGCAGAACCCGGUGUACAAGCCCACGCGCUUUUUAUCGCGUCGUUUGCUGAUGAAGCCGAGCGGAUUCGUCGCGAGCUACCAGCAGGCCGAGGGCAUGUUUGCCUCGACACGUCGGAUCUUCCACGGAUGUUCAAACAAAUUUUCACGUCCGCCCUCGGUGACAACUAAGUAGCAGGGUACAGGUAGCAAUCAGAGCGGUCUUUUCCGAUUUUCUCGUUGGUGGCUUAGAUGCAUGCAAUACAACAACUUCAACAUGCAAGGCACUAUUAUACUACAUGUAGUUGGGAUCAUUGGUAUUUCCAA